AUGGCUCAGGAGGAAAGAGAGGCAGGGAUGGCCAACCCCACAAGUGAUCCAGAGAUGGGCAAAGACAUGGAAGAUCUGAGAAAAGGCUUGGAGGAAAUCUGUGAGACCCCUGAUGAGGAGAAGACUGAGGAGGCUCUGCUACGUUCACGCCUAGAACAACAGCAUCACCUUAUCUGUACGUUAAAGAAGAAAGCAGAUGAUGCACGCAAAUGCUGCAAAAGCCUGGAGCAGCUCAACAUGGAGCUGGAGAAAAUGAGGGCAGAGGAUGCUGUGAAAAUACAAACCCAGACCCAACGCAUCCAGCUUUUGGAGAAGCGCUUCACGGAUCUGGCUGACAACCAUGAAAAAAUGAUCCAGUUCAAGGAUGAACACAAGAAACGGUAUAUGCAGCUGUGGGAGGAGAAUAAGCGCCUGCGGCAGGAGAAUGAAGCACUCUCCAACCAGUCUGUGAGGGAGAAGGAAGCUGAAGUGCUCCAGCUCACUGCCCAGGCCAGAAGUCUCUCACGGCAGUUAGACUCCUUACAGGAAAAAUGUGCUUAUGAAAGCUGCAAAGCCCAGAAGCGAGAAAAGGAGCUGCUAGAAGCCCAGAAGGAGCAAGCAAGUGCCUAUGCCUGGGAAGUCGAUUCACUAAAAACCCAGCUGCACUGUCUACAGGAGAAGCACCAGCAAAUGGUGGCACAGGUGGAACAUGCAGAAAGUCAGCACAGGGCUCAGGGCAGCGAGCUGCAGGCCAAGCUGCAAAGGCUGAGUGAGGAGAAAGAGGAACUUCGGAACCUGGCCAUGGAGAGGGGCAAAGCUGUGCAAGAUAAGCAAUGGGAAAUUGAGCAGCUAGGGAAGAAGCUGGAGACUGCAGGAAAAGCCAGGCGGAGGGCAGGAAAGCGGCUUGUGAAAGAGGCAGCGGCGGUGGACAAAGAUCUGAAGGUCCAAGAGCUCCAACGACAGCUGGAAAGCAGCAAGCAGGCAUACAACGAACUCUCGCUGCAGUUUGAUGCUUACAGAAAGCACAGUAUGGAUUUACUGACUAAAGAAAAAGCGCUGAAUGACAAACUCCGUCAUUUUACUGCAUGA